AUACUUAGGCGGUCCGGCUCCUGUUAUUGUCUAUGUUUCUCACUUGCAUGUUGAGAUAAUUAAAUGCCACGUGAUGAAUCUACCCAAAAUGGCGGCAGCCUCAUCCAUCCAGCCGCCGAGCGUUCACUCUUCUCUAGCCCGGGAGAGCGCACUUUCCCCGGAGAUGGACAGCCCCGAGAGCCGGCAGCCGGAGGAUGAGGAGGCGGCGGCAGCGCAGCCCUCGGAGCCGGGGAUUAGCCUCCGCGACCUGCCGGACCUGGAGCCGGAGGAGAUCGAGCGGAGGCUGGCCAAAACUCGCCAGGAGCUGAGCAACAGGAGGAAAAUCCUCAUUAAGAACCUGCCGCCUGACACCACUAACCAGGAGGUCCAUGAAAUUCUGAAAGAGUAUGAACUGAAGUACUGCUUUGUGGAUCGCAACAAAGGAACAGCCUUUGUGACUUUGCUGAACGGGGACCAGGCUCAGGAUGCCAUCCGCUCCCUCCAUCACAGCACUGUCCGGGGACGCUUGAUCAAUGUCACCCUGCAGCCUACCGACUCCCUGCUCUGCCUCACCAACCUGCCCCACACCUUCACUGCGCAGCAAUUAGAGGAGCUGGUACGCUCCUACGGAAACAUCGAGCGCUCCUUCCUGGUGUACAGCGAGCUGACGGGCCACUCCAAAGGAUAUGGGUUUGUUGAAUACAUGAAGAAGGACUCAGCUUCACGGGCCCGCUCCGAGCUGCUGGGCCGACCACUGGGGGAUCGCUCACUGAUGGUGCAAUGGAUGGACGUAAACCAGCUGAGUCAGGAGGAGAACCUGCACUCCAAGUGUCUGUGUGUGGACCGGCUGCCGCUGGACCUCUGUGACUCUGAAGAACUGACCCAGCUCUUCUCUGAAACCUACAAACCUGUCUUCUGCCAGCUUGCUCAGGAUGAGGGCAGCCCAGUGCGAGGUUUCGGUGUGGUGGAGUAUGAGAGUGCAGAGCAGGCAGAGGCAGUGCUGAUAGAGAUGGACAGAACACUGGUGGGAGGACAGGAGGUCCGUCUGUCACUCUGUACCCCGGGCACCUCAGGGAGAAGCACCCUGGCUGCACUCAUCGCCGCCCAGGGUAUGAUUCUGAGUAAUAGGAAAGGUCUGCUACCAGAGCCUAACCUGGCCCAGCUGUUGACCAGUAUGACCAACCCUGCUGCCCUGCAGAUCCUCAUGAGACCGUACCACACUGGGAAAAGAGGAGGGAAGUACGGCCGUCACACCAGCCUGCCAUUCCUCAGACCUCCUCUCACCACGGCUCUGCUCACACUGGGAAAAGCACACCAGAAUGCUAUGCUUGGUAAUGGACUAGUCCUACAGAACCUCUUGCAUAUGCAGCUCGCCCAGCAACAGCUUCUGCACAUCAAAGACAAACGCAUCAGCAGCGUCUCCAGUCUGCUCGGGGACCCGUCCAGACUGCUGAUGCAGAAGGCUUUGUCUCUACGACCUCCGGGCCUCGUGCCGCUGGGGAAAGGCCUCCUGGGAGACUCCCCUACAGAGUUGGGCCAGGAGUCUGUGCCAGCGUCUACCCACAAUGCCACAGUAGUGGUGUCAGCAGCAGGUGUGAUGCCGUACCUCCAGGGUCGAGCUGGAGGAGGGGAGCAAAACAGCACCCAUUCUAUCUGCACAACUGCUGCCUCCUCUUCCUCCUCCUCCUCUCACUCCUCCACCGCCUGUGACAGGCAGCCCGCGCCUCCUGGGACCAUGGUGAACUCCCAGCUGCAGGGACAGAGCUAUUCCUUGGGAAUAAGUAACUCAGGCAUCGGCCCCCCUCCACCUAAACCCCCUGGAGGAGUUUAUACGUCAACCGGCCAGCACAACAGCUCAGAUGGCUGCUCCCUUGCUAGCAUGGUAAGCAGUGGUCAGAGUUCUCUGUUGGGCGAUCCCCCUAAAGAAGUCAGAAUGCCCUCUAAUCCUUACCUGAACCUGGCCAGUGUAAUGCCAGGGGUGGUUCUGCAAGGCUCAGUGGGGGCUAAAGCCCAGGGAGGACAGCCUGGCUCCGGGGUCUACGGCAGCUCUGUGGCUCCCGUCGUCUCCCAGGGCUCAGGCUCCUUCUCCCACAGCGCGGCAGCUACAACCGCAGCCCCGUACAGCACCGAUGCUUCCACUGACUACAGCCAAUACAACCAGGCCUACACACAGGAGGCCAUGCAACAGUGGUACCAGCACUACCAAGCAGCGCAAGCCCACACCUACAGCACUGCUGCGCCACAGGACAGCACAGCCACAGACUACAGCAAGGAGCACACACAGGCUCCACCAGUUUCCUCCUAUGGGGAUUAUAGUUCCUACAUGCAGGCGGUAACCCAGUACUACUCCCAGCCUGCGACAGCUAACCAGGCCUACGCCACCAAGGAGGUAGAUGUGUGUAAGCCUCUUGGAGUGUCCCUGCACGCAGUCAGUAAUGGUGCGGCUCCUCCGCCGGCGGUCCUGCCAGCUGCCGCCGUGCUCCCCGCCUACAGCACCCUGCCUUUAAUGCCAGGCUUCCUCGGGGCGCCACACCCAGCGGCAGCCACGCCGAACCCUGUCACGCACACACACACUGCCGCCACUGACUGGAACACCUACUACUAUAACCAGACAAGGGGCCAUAAGAGAGAGUACCCUCAGUUGGCGGUGCAAGAAGUGACAUCAUCAGAUGGCGCCUACAUUGGGCAGCACUCCCAAGGCCUGGGGGGGCAGUAUGCUGACUACUUCAAGAGGAAGAGGCUCUAGUAUGAACCAAACCACCGUAAAGCCUAAAGCUUAGGGAGGGAAGCGCACACAGCGUCUGCUGGAUGCCAAAGCUCCCUCUAGUGGCCUUUCUGUGGCUGCCAUUUUGCAUCCCUACAGUAGGUAUUGAGUUUAAUAGAAUUUAGGUUGCAAAUGGCUCAAGUGAAAGCAAGCCAUAGUGCUCUUUGAUCCUUGGCACUUAUGUAAACACACACACAAUACACAAUACACACAUAAACAUGGUGUUGCUUUUGUCCUGUUCAAGCCUUAACUCUUUUAACUUAAACUGUUGUUUCUCAGUCAGUGUGUCAGCUGUACUUAACUAAUAUUAUCUUGUACAUUUUUUCUAAUAUAAUGUAAACAAAAGUAUACUGUAUCUGUACGUAUAAGCUGCUUUUAUAUUUCCAGCCAGGCUACACGUCUGCCUGCUCAAACUGUCUUAGGACUGGUCUUACAGUCAGGUCCCUCCUUCUGUGUCUCCUUUCAAAAGACUAAACCCGUCUACUGUUGCACACUCAAAGCUUUGAACUAACAGACAUCAGUCGAACUGAUGUCUGUUUGUUCCCGCUUCAGUGUCUUUUCUCAUUUCCUUUUAUCGCCCAAGAUCCUGUUUUAUAUAUCCCCCCGUAGAGAAUUAGUGUAUGUUUAUGCGUGUUAAUAUGCUGUAUCUGUAGGAAGUGUCAGCCAUUUCAAUCCCAAGGUUGGGAGCACAUCAGGAAAAAAAGGGCCUGAACCAAUCAAAGCCCUUUAUUGUGGUGACUUACAAUAGCUUCCCUCAAUGAAUGGACCUUUCUUAUAAAGACUGGACAGAACCUACAAAGGCUUGUGUAUAUACUACAGUGUAAUGCAGAAUAUAUAAAGCCAUGUGUAACAGACAAUAUCAUAUAUAAUGGACAUUUCCCAGCUCUUUUGUGAGCGUGUUGUAUGACAUUCUUUGGUUUUUUUUUCAAUCUAUACUGUUAUAUAUAUAUUUGUAAUAUAAUAUAAUAAUAUUUCAAGGCAAUUCAAGACAUUUAUUGAUAUUGAAUCAAAUUGUAUUGACUUAAAUGUGGGUAUCUGGUUUGGUUUUUAACAUUUAAGCCAAAUAUUAGGGCACAGUUUUGCUCUCUUCUCUUCUUUCAGUUGUAACACAUUCAGAUGUUUUCUGAGAAGAGCUGUCGGGACUGUAACAGGAGCUUUACUUCCUUUUCCAGCUGCCAUUAGAACGUGAAGCAUUCAGACUGUAAAUGUGUCCCAAGUCCAUACUACACACUGAUUCUAAGUAGGUUUAGAGUAUGUGGUAGAGUGUUAAACAAUGACAAAGUAUACUCAAAUCAAUCUGUGUGCAUACUAAAAAAAAAAACCUUUAGCUUUUAGUGUGCCGUUGAUGGACACUAUUCUCACACAAUUCAUUUCACAAAGGAAUUAGAAGAGCUACUCAUAGCUGGGAAAAAAUCAAACUAAUGUUGGGUGGUGGUGAAACAGCUUAAAUUACUAUUAACAUUUAUGAAAAAAACAUUUAGCUGCCUCUUUGUGAAGUCAUGAAUUGGCAGUGACAACAACUCAAAUCUGAUUUGAAUUUGUUAGAAUUGCAUAAUUUCCUGUAAGUAUGCUGCAAAACUGCAGUAAACAGUAUAAAGAGAGUAUAUACUGUAGUAUAUACUGUGUAGAAUUACUGUGUGGUAUGGAAUUGGGACACAGCCUGUAUUUGAGGGACAAUUUUCAGAAUCAAAAACUUUCAGCAUUCUGGUAAAGUUUUGCUCAUCAGAUGCUUGCUUACAAUAUGCCACUGUGCACGUGACUUUCCGCACCUUACUUUGAGGUUUAUAGGCAAAACAGGAAAAAAAAAAAAAAACUAUUUAAUGUUGAUUUUGCAGAGAUUAUUUCUUUUCCAACUGUUUUUUUUAAACAAAGGAACAGAGGAAUAUGAUCCUGUAAUCUUUGUGAAAAAAUUUCCAUUAUUAUUCCAAUCCUGUAUUUUGCUACUGCCAUUAUGAAUGCUAGUGCACAGGCUGUGAACUGAAUAAUACUUAAUGUCCAGGGGGGUUUAUUUGAUGCUCAUCACCGAGAAGAGGGCUUGGUAUUUUAAUAGUACAGCUUGGACACUAGGUUUGUUAUGGGCUCAAGCCUCUUGUCUAACAUACCGGCAAUAACUAUGGCUCCUACUACUGUAGAAAGUUGAAUGUAUAUUUAUUUUGUAGUGUAAAUGUUUAGUGAUUCACACAGUGUUAUAUACUCCCACAUAACGACUCAUACUUGUGUUGGUAAAAGCUUUUUUUUUUCUUUGUAUUUUGCUCAUAACAAUCUGAUUAUAUAUCACUGAGCAGAAUAUUACUUGCAUUGCCAUGGCAACCAAGCUCACACACUGUGAAAACCAAUAACAGGUGAGAUCAGAUAUUGUGUACACAUGAGUUUAGUCCUGAUAUCAGGUGUGAGUUUCUCAUCACUGGGAUAACAGCUCUUUGGAAACACGAUGUUCACACACACACACACACACACACACACACACACACACACACACACACCCCGACACAAUAAUGGAAGAAUCUGUGAUAAUGUGUGCAGGUGCAAUUAUUAAGUGCUGAUAAAAUGGUUGAACAUCAAACUGAGGGCAAUACAUAUUCCUCUUCCUUCAUUACUGUACACACUGAUACACACACACACCCUUUCAUGAUUUCCACUAUCCCCUCUGUCGACUCUCACGGUCCGCUUUUCAUCCAAUUACAUGUUUUCUAACUCGAUUUCACUGCGAUGUGCUUCGCGGUGUCACAUGUCUCGCUUCCAGUCCGUAGUGAAUCAUACUUGACGUGCAGCAACGUGCUUUGAUAGAUGCAUCCGUGAGCGUUUUUGUGGAGGAUGUGGACAAAUUUACCUCCUCUCACAUUAAGUCGUUAAGUGGGCAGAAACACUGUAAUUUCAGGCAGGUGAAGGUGUCCGGCUUUCCCUGCUGAUCCAGCCUGAAACACUUUUUUUUUGCAUAUUAGAUUAAUCUUCUAUUGUGUGUAAUCAUGUUUUCUGUCCUUAGAUAUCAUAUCUUUCUCUCUGUUCAUCCUGCAUGUCUAUAUUCAUAAUUUAUUCUGUUUUUAGUAACAUUUCUUUGCACUUUUGUCUGUCUUCUGUGUAACUGACUGUGUGUCUUAUGCUGGUUUUUGUUCUUUUUCUUUUUCCUGGGCCUGCACAGCUCUGUAUUAAAGUGAAAACAAAU